GAUCAUCUAGUUCCGCCCCCCCCCGCCACGGGCAGGUAUGCCUCACACUAGACCAGGUUGCUCAAGGCUGAGUCCAGCUGGCCUUUAACACUGCCAGGGAUGGAACAUUCAGAAGUAGUCACUGCAACAAAGCACAACAAACUCUUGAAGUUUCUUUUCAGACUGGCUGCUUCUCUACUUGGGGAUAGGUGUACCGUACCGCCAGCUCUAAGUACACCUGGACCUGUGCCCAUCACAGCAAGUUUCAGUUCCCUUCUGGUUACACCCUUGUGUUUCCUUUAUCCAUUCUGUGGACACAGCUUGCAGGGAAGCCCACCCAGGUUUUCCACGCAUGGGUGGAAAUUAUUCCAGGGGCAAACUCUGGUGGGAUGCUUUCUUCUCCUUCAGCUCCUUGUGUUGACUCUGAUCUCAAUCAUUUCCUCUUGCCUGCUAUGUAGUAGUUAUGCCAGUCAUUUUCCUUGAGCAGGUAAGGUCAGAGGCCCUGAGUACAUGACCUGGUGCCAGAGGCAGAAAAAGUCUCUCUUUCAGUAUGGUGAAGGUAAGUGCUGUGCAUAUGCUUGGGUGAGGGGUGAGUGGAAAUAGGGCUCUGGGAGAUGCCAGGUUUGACCAGGAAUAUGCCAUAACUUCUUUGAAAAGAGCUAAUAUUCCUUCACUCCUAUACCCUUGGGAAUGUUCACUUUUCACGUAAAUAAUUUUGUUGCCAAAUUUUUGUCUUUCUUCUGGGGUGAUGCCAUUCAGCUGACUGACGUAUGUAAGGAUUUCUAUUCUUGGGAAGUCUUCCAGCAUCAAAAAGCCACCCUGAUAGAGUAGAGCUGCUUCUGAGCAAGCCCUGGUUAAGAUUCUGCUUUGGUUGAUGAGCUCCUGGUGCACUGCACUGAAUUCAGGUUCCUGAUGCUGUUCUGCAGUGAUUUCUGAUUUGCUUGUUAGAAGACUUCAUAUGCUUCUAAUGUUACCAGCAUGUUAACUGACUGCUGAACUGACAACAUAAGCUUUAAUCCACACUGAUUCUUUAGCCUUGUAUUUGAUGAUGGAAGAGCUAAAGAAACAGAUGGACCUGGUAGAAAGACUCACUGAAGCCCAAUAACUUAGCUAUCUGUUUUGUAACCAAUAUGUUUCUUGGAAGUGAGAAGAUUAAGUGGAUCAACUUGUGUGCUGUCUGCCUAGUAGAAAGAAGCUUAUUUAAGAGGGAGAGAGAAUCUGUGCUUCAGUCCAGAAAGAAGAUGGGUUCUACAGAAGACCUUGACUAUCCUCAACACAUCUUGCAGUACAGCAGUGGAUUUUUAGUCUCAAAGGUUAUGUUCACUGCUUGUGAGCUGGGGGUGUUUGAUCUUUUGCUGGAGUCAGGGGAGCCUCUGUCCAUGGAUGCCAUUGCUGCACGCUUGGGUACCAGCACCACAGGGAUGGAAAGACUGCUGGAUGCCUGUGUGGGGUUGAAGCUCUUGGCAGUAGAGCUGACACAAGAAGGAGCCCUCUACAGAAACACAGACAUUUCCAACAUCUACCUUACAAAAUCAAGUCCCAAGUCUCAGUAUCAUAUUAUGAUGUAUUACUCCAAUACAGUCUACUUGUGCUGGCACUACCUGGCUGAUGCUGUGAGAGAAGGAAGAAACCAGUAUGAAAGAGCUUUUCACAUUUCAUCUAAAGACCCUUUUGGAGCAAUGUACAGAUCAGAAGAAGAAAUGCUGAAAUUCAUGGCUGGCCAGAACUCGGUAUGGAGCGUAUGUGGCAGGGAUGUACUUGUUGCAUUUGAUCUUUCCCCUUUCAAGAAGAUCUGUGACCUGGGAGGAGGUGGAGGAGCUUUGGCCCGGGAGUAUGUUUCUUUGUACCCAAAUUCCACGGUCACAAUUUAUGACCUGCCAAAAGUCAUACAAGUGGCCAAAGAGCAAUUUGUUCCACCUGAGGAGCAUCGUAUCACUUUCCAGGAAGGAGACUUCUUUAACGAUCCAAUUCCAGAAGCUGAACUGUAUAUUUUAUCCAAGAUAUUGCAUGAUUGGGAUGAUGACAAAUGCAGGCAGCUGGUGGCAAAGGUCUACAGAGCUUGCAAGCCUGGCGGUAGAGUGCUGCUGGUUGAAUCACUGCUGAAUGAGGAUAAAAGUGGGCCUUUAGAAACUCAACUGUAUUCGAUGAAUAUGUUGGUCCAGACAGAAGGAAAAGAGCGAACAGCAGCAGAGUACAGCAAGCUCCUCAAAGCAGCUGGCUUUGGAGAGAUUCAAGUCAAGAGGACGGGAAAACUUUAUGAUGCUGUUUUAGGAAGGAAAUAAUAACACCUCUUUCAUAUAUUUACAAGAUAGAGUAAGUCAAGAAAUGUGAUAUUCUCAGAGGGGAGUCAUCAACUCAGCUUUUAUUUGAAGUAGCCAACUUUCUUGUAUUUGCUCCUGGUGCAUUGUCAGGAGAAUCAGUAACGACAGAUAUUGAACAUGAAUGGAUUACGAGUCUUGCAGCCUGACUAGGUCUUGCCUUUGGGUCUGAAAGGGGGAGAAAGAAGUCAACACCUGUUCCACAAGAAAUAACCCAGAAAGAAAACAUGCAGUGUGUUGGCUUUAGAUCUUUUCAUUCUUUCCAAUUUCAACAGUGUAUCUAACAAAAGCAAUGCUGAAUUUGUAAUCAAAUAAAAUUGAUCCCUGUACUGA